CACAUGGGUGCAAACAUGGCGGAGAAAAGACAGAAGCUGGACCAGGUGAGCGGCAUUGGGAGUGAGAAAGCAGGAAAAAGGCGGCGGACACUAUUUUUUGUGGGACGUUGUUACCAGUGGAGGGCUUCUGAGAAGAAAAUUGACUGGAGAAAGGAGAAGCAAAAACGAAAAGAAGAACAAAAAAAAUGGAGGGAGGAGAAACUUUUAAAACAAUUGGAAAGGAGCCAGCAACAACAACAGCAGCAGAUAGAACAUGAGAAAAAAAUGAUGGAGAAAGAGGGAAAAUCGCCAAAAGGACGGCAAUACACUGUAAGCGUGGCUCUACCAGGCUCUAUAAUGGAUAACGCUCAGUCCCCAGAGCUGCGCACCUACCUGGCUGGGCAGAUUGCUCGCGCUUGUGCCAUCUUCUGUAUUGAUGAGAUUGUUAUAUUUGACGAAACAGGAGAGGGUUCAAAAAGUGUGGAAGGGGAUUUUGAAGGUGUUGGGAAGAAAGGACAAGCCUGUGUACAACUGGCACGUAUCUUGCAGUAUUUGGAGUGCCCUCAGUAUCUGAGAAAAUCGUUUUUUCCAAAGCACCCUGACCUGCAAUUUGCUGGGCUUUUGAAUCCUCUUGACAGCCCUCACCACGUGAGAAUGGAUGAAGAAUCUGAGUAUCGGGAGGGAGUUGUGUUGGAUCGCCCCACCAAGUCAAGUAAAGGGUCAUUUGUAAACUGCGGCAUGCGAAAGGAGGUACAGAUAGAUAAACAGCUGCAGGCUGGUGUCAGAGUUACUGUGCAUUUACAACAAGAAAAUGUGGAGCAAAGAGUACAGAAAGGAAUUGUGGUCUCACCCCAACACCCAAGGACUGAAGGUGGCCUGUACUGGGGGUACAGAGUCAGACUGGCAUCUUGCCUCAGUGCUGUUUUUACUGAGUGCCCCUUUAAAGAUGGCUAUGAUUUGACAAUGGGAACCUCAGAACAUGGAAGUAAUGUGGAAACAGUGAGUCUGCCAGAUUUUAGACAUGCAGUGAUUAUCUUUGGGGGUCUUAAAGGCUUGGAAGCAAGUGUGGAGAGUGACCAGAACUUGGACAUUGCAGAGCCCAGCAUCCUUUUUAACCACUAUCUAAACACAUGUCCAGACCAAGGAAGCCGUACAAUCAGGACAGAGGAAGCCAUUUUGAUCUCACUUGCCGCACUGAGGCCCAGGUUACAAGCUGCAAUCAAGAAAGCAAAUGAAAGCUGAAUGUUUUCUGGCUUCUAAUUGGCGAAGCCUUUUACUGGGCCAAUAAAUGGGAUUCAACAGAUUGGCAUAUAUAUAUCCCAGGAAUGUCAAAGCAGCUUGCAGAUUUAAAGCACCCAUUAUGUGACUUAAAAUCGGAAGUUGCUUAUGUUCUGGUUAUUAGCUGGUAACAUUUUUGUUCUUUGCCAAAUAUUACUGUUCUACUCUCAGCAGCCUUAGCAGGUAACGGUUGCAUAUUGGUUCAGUAGCUGGAGGGCAACAUAAAGAGAUCCAUUAAAUUAUAAGCGAAAUGCCAAUUCAUUAAAAUAUUUUAUUAUAAUUUUCAAUGUGUUGUUUUUUUUAAAUUCCUUUCCAAGGAGCCAGCAGUACAUGUUAUUUCCAAUGCAAAUGUUACUUUUGUCAGGAAAAUUACAAUUGAAUAAAAGUAUACUCUGUACCAUU